AUGUCUGUUUUCCGUUGUUUUCUUGCGUUCACUCUUUGCUUGACUUUCGGCCAAACGGUUGACGAAAGCGUUGUUGUCGUCAGAGUCGGGAAUGGAGUCAUUAAUGGCCGCAAAGAGCUCUCAGUCGACGGCAAACGCGUUCACGUCUUUAAAGGCAUUCCUUUCGCCAAACCUCCGAUCGGAGACUUGCGGUUCCGACGGCCCGUUCCCGCCGGGGAAUGGCGGCAACCGUUGGACGCCUUCGAGUUCGCGCCUCCGUGUUAUCAAAACGGGAAAUACAACUCCUCUUUGUUCCCAAACUCGGGUUUCAGCGAAGACUGUCUUUAUUUGAAUGUCGUUUCGCCGCAAAUCAGCGAUGAGUUGAAUCCAGUGAUGGUUUGGAUUCACGGCGGAGCUCUCACUAAAGGCACGGCAAAUGUGGACACUUUCGGCGGCAAAGAGUUGUCAGCGAAAGGAGUUGUCUUUGUGUCCAUUAAUUACAGACUAAACGCUUUGGGAUUUCUGUAUUCGGGCGAAGAGUCGGCGCCGGGAAACGUCGGGCUCUGGGAUCAGACGCUGGCCUUGGAGUGGGUCAACGACAACAUCCGCUACUUCGGCGGCGACGAGAAGCGAAUCACCAUUUUCGGGGAGAGCGCCGGCAGUUGGUCCGUCAGUCUUCACAUUCUGUCGCCGGCGUCGCGACACCUCUUCCACAACGCCAUCAUGAACUCCGGCGCCUAUUUGUAUGCCUUUAAUGACGACAGAGCCGAAGAUCACGCGAAGAAGUGGUUAAAGGGCGCGAAACUGAUUGGUUGUGAAGACGGAGAAAAUGGCGCGAAAUUCACGGAAAAAGUGAUGCAAUGCUUGAGAGCCGCAAAAGCGGAGAAAUUGGUCGACAUUUUGGAAGCGAAGGAACUGACGGUCGGAUCAAUAAAAAUGUGGAAUUUGGUGGUAAUUGACGGACACUUUCUGCCGAAAAGACCGCAAGAAAUGCUGUCUUCGGGCGACUUGAAGCGCGACCUAAAUCUCAUGGUUUCGACGACCGAAGACGAGGGAAGCUUUUUAUUGGCCUAUUAUUACGAUUCCGAGAAAUUCAGUGGAAAAACGCCGCGAAAUCUGACUUUUAAAGAGGCGUUCAAUGAAUUGCAAGAAAUCUCUUCCGAACUCUCGUCUCGAACGCCAGUCGACGGACAAGAAGUCGCGAAACUCUAUUUCGCGGGACUUUCCGAACGGAAUUCCGCGGAUUUGUGGCGACAAACGAUCGGCAAAGCGGUCGGCGACUACUAUAUCACGUGUCCGACUCUGGAGUUCGCGAAACAAGUGUUCAGAAGAUCCGAGUUUAAGGUCAAAGUCUUUCAAUACUUAUUCAACAGUAAAUUUCAGGACAUUUUGAUUUGCGGCCAUUGGAUGGGUGUUUGUCACGGAAACGAUUUGUUCCCGAUGUUCGGCAUUCCUCUCGUCUUUGCCGACAAAUUCAAUGAAAGAGAAAAAGAGAUUUCGCGGCAAAUGAUUGAGAUUUUGACGGAUUUCGCGAAAAAAGGAGAACCGCCGAAACAAAAGGACAGUCUUUGGCCGCAAUAUUACUCUAUAAACGACGCAAUCAUUGCUCCGUAUUAUGAGUUCACAAACGAGUUGAGGAAAGACACGAAUUUCGGAAAAGACUUCAAAAGCGUUGAGUGCGAGUAUUUGUGG